AUGGAGAACGCGCUGAACUCCACAAACCUCACUCACUUGGCGUACGGUGUGUCUGCGAACGCUGUGGCCGUGUUGUUGUACGGGAGCACCUACGUCCCGGUCAAGAGGGUGGAGAUGGGAGACGGUGUGUUCUUCCACUGGGUUUCGUGUUCGGCGAUUUGGCUGCUCUCCUUGGUGGGAGAUCUGCUGCUUCAGUCUCCACGGUUCUACCCCCUGGCCAUGCUGGGAGGGGUCAUAUGGGCCACAGGCAACAUCACGGCGGUGCCGAUCCUGAAGGCCCUGGGCUUCAGCCUCGGGAUCAUUAUGUGGGGAGCGUCCAGUCUGCUGAUGAUCUGGGCCACUUCAAGGUUUGGCUGGUUUGGGACGACAGCCUCGCUCAGCUCCAGGCCUGUGCUGAGUUACAGCGGAGUGGGACUGUGUAUGCUGGGUUUGUUCAUCUUGUUCUUUGUGAAGACGAACCAGUUGCAUCCAACGUCGGAGUCCACGCCGCUGCUGUUUGACAGAGUAAGUGUCCCUAAAGUCCAAGACGAGGUCCAGACCAGAGCCACAGCCAACCGCUCUCGGACUCACUCUGGCAGUUACGGGCCCCCCUGCGCAGACUUCUGGAUGGACUCAAUGGGGCCCCGGAGCCGACGCGUCAUGGGCUGCCUGCUCGCCGUGCUCUCAGGACUCUUGUAUGGAUCCUCCUUCAUCCCCAUCCUCUACAUCAAGAGUCAUUCAUCAUGUGGUGACAGCAUGUUCCAUGGCGCCAGUGUUUAUGAUCUGGAUUAUAUCUAUGCCCAGUCUUCAGGCGUCUUCCUGACCAGCACGGUUUACUUUGCCAUCUACUGCGCGGCACGGAGUAACCGGCCAAGAGUAUACUCCAGAGCAGUUCUUCCCGGCCUUUUGUCUGGACUGAUGUGGACGUUGGCCACUUACUGCUGCUUCUUGGCCAAUCACUACCUGAGUCCUGUCAACACCUUCCCCAUUGUCAGCACUACCGCACGCUUCUUGGGCGUCAAACGCAGCCAAAGCGCCUAG